AUGGAAACCCCUCGGAAGAAACCUCGUCAGUCUUUGGAUGUGGUGAGAUCAUCUGAUCUGUUGCAAUUCUUUAGUUAUUGUCCUGAUCAAGAGUUUGCAGAUGUACUAAAGUUUUUCUCUCAUGUUCUACCGUCGCUGGAGCUGCUUCUUGAAGAGAAUAUUGAGCAAUGGGGUCAGUACAAGUGUUCUUUGGUAGUUCAGGUGGUGAUGCAGAAACUGAAUCCUGCUACAGGACAAGUGGUUUCCAGCACAUUCUUCUUCCGAUCGAGUACAACGCUGGUGCUCAACACCACUGAGCUGAGGGACCUUCUCAGUACGAUGGUAGCUCAGAUCAACGCCCGUCGUGAUGAUUUCGUUCGUCAUGGAUCAGGUUGGGUAGUUGAACGGAUUUCCUGUUUACACAUCGAAAUGUCACGCUACUGUGUACUUGGAGGAAGUUCGUACAUCCCCUUGCCACCGGAGUUGAAGUCGAAGAAGGCCAUUGUUAACGUGCAGAACACUGACAACAAGUGUUUACUAUGGUCAAUACUGGCUGCUAAAUUUUCGGUAGACAAGUCUCAUCCAUGUCGUCAAUCGUCGUACGCAGAACAUGUGGAUACUGUGGAUGUGAGCGGCAUCGAGUUUCCAGCAAAACUGGAAUACAUAGCAGUCAUCGAAAGACUGAACGACGGUCUUUACAUCAACGUCUUCGGAUAUGAAGAGAAAGUCAUAUAUCCGUUAAGAAUUUCUCAGCAACCGCAGACCGCUAUCAAUGUUUUGUUCAUUCAAGACGAACGCAAUAACGUGGAUGUCCAGCACUGGGUGUGGAAAAAGUCAUUCAGUCGUCUUGUUGCUACCGGAGCACGUCGAGCACAUUUCGUUUGCUUCAGCUGUCUCUCAACUCACGUCACGGAGAAGACAUUGAACAAUCAUAUGAUGUACUGCAGCGAACAUCCUGAAGCCACGGUGGAGAUGCCAAAGGCUGGCGAUAGAGUUAUGUUCAAGAAUGUGAACAAGCAGCUUCAAGCCCCAUUUAAAGUCAGCAAUGCUGGUCAAAUGAUCAUUUCAGAAAGUCAGCAACGUGAGUUUGAAACGGUAGUCUCCUGUUGGAUCUGUGGUGAAGCGUUGGGUAGCGAUCGUGUACGUGACCACUGUCACAUCACCGGUGCUUACCGUGGUGCAGCACACAACCAUUGUAACCUGAACAUGCGGAUUGAGCCAUUCAAGAUCAAGAUUCCUGUGUUCUUUCAUAACUUGAAGGGAUACGAUUCUCAUCACAUCAUAUCUGCCAUUGGGAGAACGUCCAUUGAUGAGAAUUACACCAAGCGUCUCGGUGCUAUCAAUGUGAUUCCCAUCAACAGUGAAAAAUAUGUCACAUUCGGAUGGAGACAGUUCCAGUUCAUUGACAGCCUGGUAUUCUUGAACACCUCCCUAGACCGGUUGGUUUCGGCUACACCACCAAAUGCAUUCACCCUUCUAUCCGUACGAUUUCCAGACGAGGAUGAACGCAAACUGUUGACACGAAAGGGUGUCUACCCGUAUGAAUAUAUGGGGUCGUACGACCAAUUCGAAGAAACGCGUCUACCACCCAAGGAUGCAUUCCACUCAACGCUAACGGACACGGAUAUAAGUGAUGAAGGCUAUGCCUAUGCACAAACAGUAUGGACUGCGUUUGACUGUGAAGAUCUAGGUGACUAUCACGAUCUCUACCUGGAGACCGAUGUGCUGCUGUUGGCUGACGUUUUCGAAAACUUCAGAAGAACUGCUCACACAAGCUAUGGAUUGGAUCCUGCCAAUUACCUCACCUUACCCGGAUUUGCUUGGGAUUCGCUGCUCAAAAUGACGAAGGUGUCCCUUCAUCUCAUUUCCGACAUGGCAAAAGAGGUGGUAUAA